CAAAAAACGAAGUUGUUGUGCCCUCCUCAACCACCACAGAUCUGACCCGCGGUGGAAAUAAUCUGAUGCAAACGAUGGGGGAGGUCGAUGAAUCUAGCUGUCGAGGAAAUACAAUGACCUGGGAUAAGAGUAAAACUCCUUGGGAAAAGUUACAGCUCGCUCAAAACUUGAACCUCUACCAAAACAUUUGGCAAGCCAACAAAGUCUUGGACUCUGGUAUGAGUGACAUCACCUGCAGGGCCUUCAACAAAGGCUCUGUGUCCUGGAAAAAUAAGUUCCACAUGCCUUGCAGUCCUCAAGACAACAACCAGGUCAAAACAUACACCAACGUAGCUUGGGCUGGAUCUCCAGUCCCACUCAAGAGUGCUAAGAUUUUUAACACCACUUGGAACUGGAAAUUCCUCGAAGAAUCAUCAGACCUCGUUUUGGAUGUGUCGUACGAUAUCUUUUUGACCAAGGACCCUACCUGCACAAGUCAAGAUUGUGCCUCGAGGGAAGUUAUGAUUUGGUUAGGUGCACUUGGAGGGGCUAGACCCGCCGGGACACGAAGCCCAGUCAACGGCAAUCCGACCGGCACGCUCAAAGUCGGUGGGAAGUACGAAUUCCAAGUCUGGCAAGGCACUGUCAAUGUGCCCGUCAUUUCUAUCUUCCCUGCUGAGGAAGGUCGCAGAUAUACUUCCUUCAAGGCAGACUUGAAGAAAGUGCUCAAAACUCUCCAAGCGUUCGGCAUAGCUAAAGAUGAGUACAUUCUUAGCGUUGGUGCCGGAAUUGAAAUCUUCAAGGGCAAAGGAGUCUUUGCCACCUCCAGAUACACCAUCGAUCUGUACUAA